AUGGUUCGCAGCGAGCCUCGUCCCAACCACCAGCAACGCACUCUAUCGUCGAACAGCACGAAACACUCCUUUCUAUCUUACUCCUCAUCAUUCGAAGCCGAUGACGAGCGAUCCAGUGACGCCGACCACGAUAGCCCAAGCAUGAGUAUGGGUCCGGAUCUAGCCUCGGCCUUUCGCGAUAGUCCCUCUCAAUAUGCGGGCGAGGAUACACGGUUGACAAGUCGGAAGGAGUUGUCAGGAUGGUACGCGUACGGGUUUGCGGCCGAGGUUUUUGUGAUAUGUGGAAUGGGCAGUUUCAUACCCAUCACUCUAGAGCAACUCGCUCGAGACAAUGGAGUCCUCCUCUCUGAUCUUACGACUCCUUGUCCCUCGAGUUCAUCACACGCCCCAGGAGGGCUUCCCGGCACUCCUGGAGCUGCCAAGGAUACAGGGCAAUGCGUGGUCUUGAUCGCAGGCAUGCAAAUCAAUACUGCCUCUUUCGCCAUGUAUACCUUUUCCCUAUCCGUUUUAUUCCAAGCUAUUCUGGUGGUAUCGAUAAGUUGUGCGGCAGACCAUGGUAAUUACCGGAAACGAUUACUCCUAUUCUUCGCAUUUGCUGGAAGUAUAGCUACGAUGCUAUUCCUUCCUAUAGUACCCAAAGUUUAUCUAUUGGGAGCUUUGUUGGCAAUGAUAUCGAACACGUGUUUUGGGGCAAGCUUUGUUUUGCUCAAUUCUUUUUUGCCGCUCUUGGUACGGCAUCAUCCGAAGACGCAAUAUAGUUCUAAUAGCACACCUGAUCUAUCAUCAAGUAUACCGGGAGACGAGCUAGAAGAGGGGUUUCCAGGCCAAGAAGAAGAAGAAGAAGAAGAUAACUUGGUCGAUUCAACUGCAGCUCUUUUGUCGCCAGCUCCAGAUACUACACGGCCAAAUCCUGCAUCAGAGAACCUCUCAUCCAUUGAAUUACAGCUCUCAACCCAAAUAUCUUCUACGGGUAUUGGCAUUGGUUACAGCGCAGGCUUAUUUGUACAAUGCUCCUGUAUUGUAGUCGUCUUCGCUAUGCAAAAGGUUUCCAAGAGCUCAACUCUUUCUCUCCGAGUUGUACUCUUUAUAAUCGGGGCUUGGUGGUUCAUCUUCACAUUUCCUGCUGCAAUGUGGCUGCGGCCAAGGCCUGGACCACCCUUACCAUCCGGUGAUCCAAGCGACCCAAAGGCCAAGCGGACCUGGCUUGCAUACUUUGUUUAUUCCUGGUCCUCGCUUUGGCGCACCGUCAAACUCGCUCGUCGAUUAAAGGAUAUCACGCUUUUCCUCGCAGCAUGGUUCCUCAUCUCCGAUGCCAUCGCAACAGUUUCUGGGACUGCAGUACUAUACGCCAAGACUCAACUGGGCAUGCAUCCUGCAGCCUUGGGGCUAAUCAAUGUCAUUGCAACUACAGCAGGCGUUCUUGGGGCAUUUACCUGGGCAGCUAUCUCUCGAUGGCUCGGUUUACGACCACAUCAAACGAUUCUAGCAUGUAUCUGCAUCUUUGAAGUCAUUCCUCUUUACGGACUUCUUGGAUACUUACCCUUUGUCAAAAACUGGGGCGUAAUUGGCCUUCAACAACCCUGGGAGAUGUAUCCUCUCGGCUUCGUAUACGGGUUUGUUCUGGGCGGGCUGAGCAGUUACUGCCGAUCUCUGUAUGGAGAGCUCAUUCCCCCGGGAUCAGAAGCGGCCUUCUACGCCCUUUACGCCAUCACGGACAAAGGUUCCAGUGUCUUUGGCCCUGCUAUUGUCGGCGCGAUCGUUGACCGGACCGGGGAGAUUAGACCAGCAUUUUGGUUCCUAGCAGUACUAGUCGGACUACCGGCACCUUUGCUCUGGUUCGUCAAUGUAGAUAGAGGGAAGGAAGAAGGCGCUAGACUGGCCGAGAUCAUCGAAGGGUUCAAGACUCAAGAGGGUGGGCAGGCCAGCUCAAACGAAGAUCAUGCGCUUUUGGCGAGUGAUGACGAGGCUGAUUGA